UGGACGACAACGUUGAGACCUCCUUGAUGGCUGACACGGCGUGGAGCCCGGAAGGCGCUUCCGAGUUUGAGGAGAGUCAUUCCAGCUGUCCAGCAACUCUGGAGGAUGGCAAGUCACAGAAGCGACAAUCCCAUUGCCCUUCUAUUGGUGUCUCUGAAACUGAAAGGCUAUCUGAUGUCGAAGUUCAUCAUAAGGUCCACAAAGGCAAGCGAUUGUUUGAGUGCCACCUGUGCCCUCAACGUUUCCAACGGAAUGGAAGUCUCAAGCGACACCUGCGCACCCACACUGAAGAGAGGCAUUCCAGCUGUCCAGCAACUCUGGAGGAUGGCGAGCCACAGAAGCUACAAUCCCAGUGCCCUUCCACUGGUGUCUCUGAAACUGAAAGACUACCCGAUGUGGAAGUUCAUCACAAGGUUCACAAGUACAAGCGACUGUUUGAGUGCCACCUGUGCCCUCAACGUUUCCAACGAAAUGGAAAUCUCAAGCGACACCUGCGCACCCACACUGCUGGAAAAAGUAAUCAAGGCUACCCAACACAGAAAAUGCAACAGCCAUCACAGCAGGGGCCCCCUUACCACUGCCACUAUUGCGAUUAUGUUGCCAACUGGCCAUCAUCUCUUGCAAGGCACAGGGUCAUCCACACGGGCAAACGGCCGUUCCAGUGCCACGUCUGCGCUCGAGGCCUCUCGCAGAAGGCGCACCUCAAGUCACACAUGCGCAUCCAGACGGGCGAGCGACCUCUCAUCUGCCUUGUAUGAUCCAUGACUUUCGUGCACCUUUUUCAGCGUAGCAUACACAUGAGAAAGCACCAUCGUCACCAGGGUACUGCACAGUGAGGUAGAUAGCCCCUGUUUUUCAAAGUGGACAGGACACACUUAUAAGGAGCUUAAUAACAGGCAUAUGUACACACAGCAAUACAAGACAUUGUCGUACACCAAGAAGCUGGGUCAAUUUGCAUGCUGUCAGUCAUCGCAGUGCUCAGGCACCUUCUAGGUCAAUGAAGCUGCAUUGAUCAGGGUGUUCUGUCCUGUUGAGUUUGAAACCACAGACUUUAGUUUGAUUUCUUGUCACAACACAAUCUAUAAAAUUCAUUACAUAACUAGGCAGUAUACUGAUGCCAACUUGACUGCAGUUAAUUUGACUCUUCUGUUUUCCUGUCUUUGCAGGAUAGUACCGGACCUCGAUUGGGAACACCAUUUUCGAUUUAACGGUUGGAUAUGAAGGAACACUUGCACACCCACAUAGGCAAACGGCCACAUUCGGUGCCCUUUGUGCGAUAAAUGCUUUUCGGAAAAGUACAGACUUACAAAACACCAACGCAUCUACAUAGG